CCUAGCUUAAGUAGUUGAACCGCGAUUUGUGCUGCAACAUUUCGCCCAAUUCGUUCGAACCAAUCGGUUCAGUAGCAUUCAGUGCUGUGUCGUGGAAUAGUGUUUUGCCGUGUUGCUCCGGGAAGCCUUACUGCUCGAGAGUCUGUGCCUUGCCAUUCCUGCUGUUCGAGACAACGACCGCCAGCGAUCAUCGACUCAAGCUGCGGCACGCCAUUCACUACCGCAUCAACCGUUCGUUUUUUGGUGGGAGUGAGCGUCAGACCAGUUUUCCUCGCGAAAGGCAGUCGCCGGAGUGUGAGAAAAAUCAGUCGGACUUGUUGCCGUACUGCGACUAGAAGCCAUAUCAGUGUUGUUUUAAUCAGUCACUCUAUUCAAUGGACAAGGACGAUAUUUUGCUUUGAAACCGUUGUCCAUACCUUUAUUGCCCAUUUCGAAUGUUUUAUCUCUGAAGCAUUUAUUGGUAGGUUGAUUUGUGCUACUCAAGUAUAGCCAGCCACAUUGAAUGCCUGUGCCAAGUUUCGCUGUGAUAUAAGUUUAAAAUAAAUCGACGUGAGGUGAAAGAAAAGUGAGUUUGUGUCGAUAAAAAGUGAAAUAUAUCGUGCCAAACAACGCCUAACACAUGAAAAUGGCAUUGAGAGUGGUAGGGUUAUUGAUUCGCCAGGAAGUUUCUGCCCUUGGCGGUAGGACGACAACGCGCAUGAUCAGCAGCAGCACGGUUCGAUCUGCACGUAUUUUGAAGGAUUCUCCCAACGCAUAUCUAAACAAAAAUGUUUUGGACCGGUAUCAGAAGUUGAAAUACGACCCCAAGUAUGUUCAGGCCACAUACGUGUGGAUUGAUGGUACAGGAGAAAAUGUUCGCCUAAAGGACCGUGUAUUGGACUAUGUCCCGCAGAAGCCAGAAGACGUUCCGAACUGGCAGUACGAUGGCAGCUCAACAUAUCAGGCUCUGGGCAAGAACUCAGACAUCAAACUUGUUCCACGGGCUCUGUACAAGGAUCCGUUCAAGCCAGGCAAGAAUGAUGUCAUUGUUCUGUGUGACACAUAUGAGCCGAGCGGUAAACCGACUGAAUCAAACAAACGUGCGGCCAUGCAGGAUGCGUACGACAAAACGCAAAGCUAUGAGCCAUGGUUUGGAAUCGAACAAGAGUACACCUUUUUAGAUAUCGAUGGUAGACCACUAGGUUGGCCGUCUGGUGGAUUCCCUGGACCACAGGGACCUUACUACUGUGCUACCGGGGCACAGAAUGUUGUCGGUCGCGAUAUUGCUGAAGCUCAUACUCUCGCUUGUCUGUAUGCAGGAAUCGACUUUGCAGGAACUAACGCCGAAGUGAUGCCUGCUCAGUGGGAAUAUCAAGUUGGACCUAACCUAGGCAUGAAAUGUGCCGAUGACCUGUGGGUCUCCAGGUAUAUCUUGUGGAGAAUUGCUGAAGAUUACGGUGUCGUUGUGACAUUCGAUCCCAAACCAAUGGAAGGUAACUGGAACGGUGCCGGCGGUCACUGCAACUUUUCCACUAAGCAAAUGCGGGCAGAGAAUGGCAUCGAAGCCAUCAAGGCUGCAAUCGAAAAACUCUCCAAACAGCAUGCCAAACACAUCAAGGCGUACGAUCCUCGCGGAGGAAAAGACAACGAACGUCGACUGGUUGGCAGGUUGGAAACUUCGUCGAUCGACAAGUUCAGCUGGGGAGUCGCUGACCGUAGUACAAGUGUGCGCAUUCCACGCGGCGUUGCCGAAGCCAAUAAAGGUUACCUCGAGGAUCGACGUCCCAGUUCCAAUUGUGAUCCCUACAGUGUUUGUCAUGCCAUUUUAACCACAUGCCUGGUGGACAACUAAACCAUCGGUUGAUUGCAUGCAUCUAACAUACCACAAUAAAUCUGUCUAUACUUACUGCAAUUGUGUAUUCUCGUUAGGUAGAUGGAUGUUUUCUCCAGGAGAAUUAAAAAAGACGUGUGUUAUUACUGUGUCAGGAAAACGAUAUAAUUUUGAAUCUUUCAACAACAAUGAGUUUAAACGACAAAGAUAUUAUAGUAUCACGGAAAAUACACAACCACAAGUUAUUCACAUACACAUAAGCUACUGCUGCCAACAUGAUCAGGGAUGCUAGUGAAGAGACAAAUAAACGGUACCUUACAAAGUGCAGACAAACACUACUCAUGUUGCAAGUUGCAACUAGUAAAUUGUAUAUUAUUUUUGUAAAUUUUACUUAAGCGUGUUACAUAGUACGGUCGAAUGAGAAUAGGUGAACGCAUGUGCAAGAUUCAAGGUAUACCUAAAACUGAGCCAACCAAGAUACAUACAGUUACGUUUAAGGAAGCUUUGUUUUUAUUGUUUAUAAUGAUAAAGAUGAAAGUAUGUAUUAUUGACUGACUUUUUUCGUUGUGUUUUAGAUUAGUUUAGAACAAACUGAACGAGAAAGUGGAAAAAAAUCUUAGCUCAACUGUGGUGCAUUGGAACCCGAUUCCGAGAUGUCAGAAAAAUGUGUUUUUGUUGUUAACUAAACGUAGUUUCUAUCGAAAAGUUGCGCAAAUUGGAACUCAAACUGCUUCAAAAUAUAUCUAAAGAGUAAUAUAAUGAAACAAAUAUCAAAUUUUUGAACAGUAUGAAACUGUUGAUGAAGCAAAUAAUAUAACAUAUUAUAUGAGAAAUAGAAUGAAUAUUACGUGUAUACCAUUGAGUUCGACUUAA